GAAUAUUGCUAAUGGAUAUCAUAAAUUUUCUCUGACAUAGGUUUGUAAAUUUUCCUGCUUGCAUCAGGCUGUACAAUAGGUUCUGUUUUAUUGAAUUAGACUUGUGUUGCCCUGAUUCUGAUGUGGUAGUCAAUCUUUGUAAUGUUUUGUAAUUUUUGAAGUAAACCACUUACUACUUCUCUACUCCAUAUAAUAUGCUGGUGGAGCUGACAUGAUAAUCCUCGAAAAAAAUUGCACAAGCUUAUGGAAUCUUGGAAUGGCAGAUUGUGAGCUGGCUCUCCAUGAAAAAGUUCUGUUUUCUUGUUUAUUCUCUUUCUUUCUCAUUAAUUUCAAUUUUAUGCUAAUAUGUGCAAAUGAAGGUUGAGAUAAAUAAAAAGGGCUUGCUCAAAUAUACCAUAAGCACGUGUUUAUUUGAUAUUCCUCUGGAUUCGAUAAUGUAGGUACUCUUAAUUGGUUUUCCUUGUAGAUACCAUAAGGUUUCCAUAUUUCUUUUCUAGACUCCUAAGUGGAACUCAGGGCGGCCUGCUUGAUAAUUAAGUGAGAUCACAUUGAAUAUUCAGACAGAUAUGCAUGUGAGGGAUAAAAUUCUAGCCCUGAUUGGCUCCUGGCGUGAGGCAUUUGGUGGGCCUGGAGGAAGAUAUCCUCAGUAUUAUAUGGCUUUUGAGGACCUGAGGCGCCUUGGAGUACAAUUCCCUCAACGUUCACCGGAUGCAGCUGCAAUAUUUACUCCACCUGUUACACAUCCAAUACAAAGAUAUCCUCAACCAAGUUAUGGAAUGCCAAGUAGUUCUUCUACGAGGCUCGAUGAAGCCAUGGCAGCUGAAGAAAAAAUAAGUUUAUCAAGCAUAAACUCCAUGCGCGAUGUUCUUGACCUCUUGAAUGAUAUGUUAAAAGCUGUUGAUCCAAACGAUCGCACGGCUGUUAACGAUGAAGUUAUAAUUGACCUUGUUGAGCAAUGCCGUGCCAAUCAGAGGAAGUUGAUGCAGUUGUUGGGAACGACUGGGGAUGAAGAAAUUCUUUGCCAGGGUCUUGAACUAAACGAUAACCUUCAAAGCUUGCUUGCAAAGCAUGAUGCCAUAGCGUCUGGUUCCCCACUACCUCGCGAAGUAAUAAAUGUCACACCUGGUGCGUCUGAGAAAGAUGACUCUACUCUCAGAACUGCUGAAGACAGUGUGCCCAAAGAUGUUGAUACCCCUUCUGCACCGGUUCUUUCAGCCCAGAGGGGUGAGAUUGAUGAAGAGGACGAAGAGGAAGACGACUUUGCGCAGCUGGCUCGAAGACAUUCAAAAACUAGGAGUGAUGUUUCCCAUAACUCAUCUAUGGUAAAAGGUGAUAUGGCGGCAAUUUCAGAAGCUCCCUCAAGCCCUUCCAUGAGCAAUGCACUAGUUCCAGUUAGUGCCCCCACAUCAGUGCAAACUAAAGAUCAGGACAUCAUUGACCUCUUGAGCAUCACCUUAUCACCAGCUACAUCAACUGAGCAAACCUCUCAGCAGAUUCCUGCUUCCCCAGUGCACACUCCAGGGCAUAAUCCCUCAGUUAGCCCGGGAGUUGCAGUUUCUUCUGAUGCUUAUUCCGGGAACCUUGGUUCGCCCUUCAAUGGUUAUAUAGCUCCGUGGGCCCAGCCUCAGCCGCAACCCCCACGUCAGUCUCAGCCGGAACGCCCAUCAUAUCCUGAAUUUCAGGCUCAGCCUCAGCAUCACACUCAGCCUUGGCCGCAGCCACAGCCUCAGCCUCAGCAUCACACUCAGCCUUGGCUGCAGCUGCAGCGGCAACCUCACCCUCAGCCUCAGCCUCAGCCGCAGACACAGGCACAGCUUCAUCCCCAGCUUGCCUCAGGGUAUCCUCCUCCACCUUGGGCUGCCACUCCUGGUUACUUUAGCAAUCAAAAUCCUGAGUCCAGACUGACUUACACAUAUUCAACUCCUAAACCUCCUUCAUCCAACCCUAGGCCUCUGCAGCAUGAGCCCAUUAAUGGAGAGGCGCAGAUUAACUCCAGCCCGAGGCCUGCUGCCUCAAAUGCUGGACAGAGGCCCUUUAUUCCGUCAUAUAGAUUGUUUGAAGAUCUUAAUGUGUUCGGUAAUACCGAAGGAAGAUUCAAGUCUUCGAGUAAUGCAUCACCUAGCUUGUUGGGAUCCAACAAUCAAAAUGCAGUUGGCGGAAGGAAGUGAUCAAGGGAUACCAAUUGCAUAUGUGGAAUAUAUUGAGCGCACUGUCGAUUUGGUUGUAUAGACUCUUUUAUGUUUUCUUGGUUCCCUUUUUCUUUUUCUCGAAUGAAGAUCUGUCAAGAGUGUAAGUGGUGUAAGUAUUAGCUUAAUUAAAUGACGCUGAUUGGCGGCGAAAAAUAAGAGCUCCUCACUGGAAUAGAUACGUGGUUCUGCAUCCAUUUUAGAAGAAUGUAAAUGAAUAUUGCUGACUGUUUUUCUUUCA